UGAGCAGUGGCGGGAAGCGCGCGGGGCCUGCGCUCCUGCCGGCGGGAACCUCCCUGGGUGCAUGCGCUGUGGAGCUUGCCUGGGCUUGCCGGGCUGCGCACGAGGCGUCGCUGGCUGACCAACAGCAGCUUCGAGGGCAGAAGUUCUCAACUGGACCGGGUUGGUGGCCUGAAUGUACUAGCUUUGCUGUGUCUACCCAAGAGAAAUAAGAAUGUCUAAGUCCCUGGAGGCCGAGAAGCAGGGUCUGGACUCCCCGUCAGAGCACACAGACACUGAAAGAAAUGGACCAGACACUAACCACCAGAACCCCCAGAGUAAGACCUCCCCAUUCUCCGUGUCCCCAACCGGCCCCAGCACCAAGAUCAAGGCUGAAGACCCCAGCGGCGAUUCAGCCCCUGCAGCGCCCCCGCCCCCUCAACCGGCUCAGCCUCAUCUGCCCCAGGCCCAGCUCAUGUUGACAGGCAGCCAGCUGGCUGGGCUCACUGCCCUGAUGCCAGCUCAGCAGCAGCUCCUCCUGCAGCAAGCCCAGGCCCAGCUCCUGGCCGCCGCCGUGCAGCAGUCCAAUGCUGCCGCUGCCGCUAACGCCGCCGCUGCAGCCGCCGCCUCCUCCACCUCUUCCUCCUCCUCUUCCUCCGCCUCCUCCUCGACCUCGCAGCCCCCAGCCUCCUCUGGGGGAGGCGACUUGCCACCGCCACAGCCUGCCAGCCAGCCCCCUGGGACCCCGCAGCUCACCUUGUCCCAACCCAUCCAGCUCACAGCGCAGGACAUACAGCAGCUCCUCCAGCUUCAGCAGCUGGUGCUUGUGCCCGGCCACCACCUCCAGCCACCUGCUCAGUUCCUGCUGCCGCAGGCCCAGCAAGGUCAGCCAGGCCUGCUACCGACACCAAAUCUAUUCCAGCUACCUCAGCAAACCCAGGGAGCUCUUCUGACCUCCCAGCCCCGAGCUGGGCUCCCCACACAGCCCCCCAAAUGCUUGGAGCCACCAUCCCACCCUGAGGAACCCAGCGAUCUGGAGGAGCUGGAGCAAUUUGCCCGCACCUUCAAGCAGCGCCGCAUCAAGCUGGGCUUCACGCAGGGUGAUGUGGGCCUGGCCAUGGGCAAGCUCUAUGGCAACGACUUCAGUCAGACGACCAUAUCCCGCUUCGAGGCCCUCAACCUGAGCUUCAAGAACAUGUGCAAACUCAAGCCCCUCCUGGAGAAGUGGCUCAACGACGCAGAGACUAUGUCUGUGGACUCAAGCCUGCCCAGCCCCAACCAGCUGAGCAGCCCCAGCCUGGGUUUUGAUGGGCUGCCCGGCCGUAGACGCAAGAAGAGGACCAGCAUUGAGACAAAUGUCCGCUUCGCCUUAGAGAAGAGUUUUCUAGCGAACCAGAAGCCUACCUCAGAGGAGAUCCUGCUGAUCGCCGAGCAGCUGCACAUGGAGAAGGAAGUGAUCCGCGUCUGGUUCUGUAACCGGCGCCAGAAGGAGAAACGCAUCAACCCCUGCAGCGCCGCCCCCAUGCUGCCCAGCCCGGGGAAGCCGGCCAGCUACAGCCCCCAUCUGGUCACACCCCAGGGGGGCGCAGGGACCUUGCCAAUGUCCCAAGCUUCCACGAGUCUGAGCACAACAGUUACUACCUUAUCCUCAGCUGUGGGAACGCUCCACCCCAGCCGGACAGCCGGAGGGAGUGGGGGUGGUGGCGGUGCGGCCGCGCCCCCCCUCAAUUCCAUCCCUUCUGUCACUCCCCCACCCCCGGCUACCACCAACAGCACAAACCCCAGCCCUCAAGGCAGCCACUCGGCCAUCGGCUUGUCGGGCCUGAACCCCAGCACAGGAAGCACAAUGGUGGGGUUGAGCUCCGGGCUGAGUCCAGCCCUCAUGAGCAACAACCCUUUGGCCACUAUCCAAGCCCUGGCCUCUGGUGGAACCCUGCCCCUUACCAGCCUUGAUGGCAGCGGGAACCUGGUGCUGGGGGCAGCCGGCGCAGCCCCGGGGAGCCCGGGCCUGGUGACCUCACCGCUCUUCUUGAACCACGCUGGGCUGCCCCUGCUCAGCGCCCCACCUGGCGUGGGCCUGGUCUCGGCAGCAGCUGCGGCUGUGGCAGCCUCCAUCUCCAGCAAAUCUCCUGGCCUCUCCUCUUCUUCCUCUUCAUCUUCGUCCUCCUCCUCUACGUGCAGCGAGGUGGCAGCACAGACCCCGGGAGGCCCAGGGGGGCCGGAGGCAGGGUCUAAGCCGGAGUAAGCGCCCACCAUGCCUCCCCUCCCACUCCUCUGACCACACUUUGGUCCUCCACCUAGAAAGAGGGCUAGGAGGCCAGUGUGGGGGGUCCAGAGGUCCUUGGAACAGGAGUGACAAGGGAGAAAAGACCAAAAAAAAAAAAAAAAAAGAAAAGAAAAGAAAAAGAAAGAAGAAACCAACAAAUAAGGAAACCAAAUAGAAUCAAAACAAAAACCAGCUGCCCAGGAACCAGAGGUGAAAACAAACAAAAAAACCAAAAACCCCACAAAAUCAAACCAAAAAACCAGUCGCGAGCCAGACCUCAGUGCGCUCACUCUCACCGCUACGACGCCAAAUAAAAACCCCAGCCAGGGCCGGAGAAGCCCCUAGAAGGCUGGACCUUCCGCCCCAAGCCCUGGCUAUGGGGCAACCCCUCCAACCUGGCCUCCCUCAGUGGAGCUAGGGAAGGAACAUACCAGCCUGUGAGCCUGGGCCAGCAAACACAGCUCUGGGCCAGCAGAAACAGGGCACAGCCCAGGGCAGGCAGGCUGGGACUCGGGACUACUGGCCAAAAGUUCUUCUCCAAAAGGUGAAAGAGAAAGGGCCUGAACAACCUUACACCAAAUAUUCAGUAGCUUCAUCCAAAGGAUGUACAGAAUUUUUAGCGUUGUGCUCAACAGAAUGUGUCCCUCCCAUGUGUCCCCUUCUUCCCAGCUCCCAGCUCCCCCUCCUGUGCAGGGGGUUUUGCUUUAACUUCUUCCUGCCCCCCAGCCAGGGGGGAGAGUUCAGGGGCAGGCCUGGGGGUGACUCUCCCCACCACCCUCAGUAUGUCCCCGCUUUUCCCUCUGAAAGGGGCUAGGCUGUUUUGCCAAGUUUCGGCUCUCACAAGUCCCUUCUCGACCCUGUCACCCUUCUCUGCUCUGGAAUUCACUUCCUCCCUGGCCUAUGGGAAGGUGGGAAUUCCAAGCAAGAAGAGAUAAGGUGAGGGCAUUCAAGUUGUCUUUUUUUUCCAUCCUGUCAGUUCCCCCACACACACCUAAAAAAAUUCAUAUUCCAGUGCCUAUCCGUGGGAUCCUUCCCGUUCUUUGACAUUAACCAGAAACCAAAAAGAGGACUCGCCUCACUCCUCAUCCUGUGCCCUCUGACCCUGGACAAUGUCCCUCCCUGCCCAGUACAUGCACACACGCACGCACCCCGGUGGUGGGGUUCCUCAAGAUGGCGUCCCCAUCAGGGUCCCGUGGUGGGGACAGUGCCAUGACCUUGGUCCCCAUCGGAGAGGGGGCUGUGGUGGCCACCACCCCAAGACCGACAUGAGUCUUGGCUGGACCCUGUGCUUGCCCAGCCCUGGACAUGUAAACAAGGGACAGAGGACAAACGCCACUGGGAGCCACCUUGCCCUCCUGCUAUUAUGGAGGUCAACGAAGUUUUGAACCAAAAAAAAAAAAAACCCACAAAAAACAAAAACAAAAAACCAGAAACAGAAAACCAAACAAUAAAUUAAAACUAGAAAAAAAAUUAUAGAUAUAUAUAGAUAUAUAUAUAUAUAAGGGAAAGAAGAUGAGGACUCUUCGAGAACAAGAAGGAACCGCAAGGUGGAGCCAAGCCCCUGUCCCAGAGGUCCAGGCCCUUGGUCCCCGAGGCGGACAGAAGGACGGAUGCUUCUUUCUCUUCACAAAUACCUCAUGGACGUCGUCUUCGGGAAAGCCGGAGGGGGGCAGCUGGGGAAGGGCCUGGCCCUCAGCCAGCGUGGAUGGAAGCGGGUGGGGGGCUGAGAGAGGGUGUCAGGGAUGGGGUGAAGAGCCCUGAACUCCCCGCCCCACCAAUCAACUGAAAAAGCUUUAAAAAAAAAAAAAGACAGGAAAAAAAUACGGAGUAAGAAAGCAAAAGAAUGGACCAAGGAAAACUGACAGCUCUUGGUGGUUCAAUUCCUCUCCUUCGAUUUCUAUUUCUGUUCUGUCUCUGCCCUCCUCUCCCUCCUCCUCAGCCCUCUUGCCUCUCGCUCUCUUCCUUUCUUGUGUCUCUCCUCAAACCAAAGUGUGGCCAAGAAGGAUGCGAGCCAUUGAAACCAGAGCAGGCUGGCCCCAGCUGGGCAGACACCGAGGGAGGAUAGAGCCUGGCCUUGGCCAGACACCGGGAGGAGAGGCAGCCCAAGCCCCAGGCUUCUAUGUUCUCCUGUCUCCCUCUCCCAUCCAGACACCAAAACUGUUGGGGCUGGGCCAUGGAGGCAGCAGAGACUCAGCCAACGUCCCAGGGGCCUUGGGUGCCUUGUCUGGGCAGCAUGGAGUAGCUGCCUACCCCCACUCCUGGCACCAGUGGGGCCUGGCACUGGCAGACCCAUCUUUGCUGGAAUGUAAGCGUCUCUGCCGACCGGCUCCCACCCUUCCCUACCUCCAAGUUUGUCCCUUUUUUAUUUCCUGAAGAGGAGGGACCGGCGAGCAGGCCUGGGCCCCAGCCCGAGGGCGGAGAGGGCACCCCGGCUCCCAUGAGACGGGAAGGACACUUGAGCAGAGCAGAAUGCAAGCAGUUACAACCAAAAAACCCCCUCCAAGAAGACAGGCCACAUGGAAGGCAUGGUGGAGAUGACUCAAAUGAAAACUGAUUCUAGACCAAAACAACAAAAGAAGGAAAGCAAAAUGAAGGAUCCACCACCACCACCCACCUCAUCUUACUUCCUCCCCACCCAGGCCCUCCCCACCAGGUGUGCGGGAGUGGGGCAGUGGAGAGGAGGAAGCCGGGGACAAAGGAUGGGGCAGAGGCCCUGACGUUGGUGGAGGGACCCCUGUGCAGCUGGGAGUGGUGGGGGCCUUCCCCAUCCAACCCCCAUGACUGGGAAGAGAAAAAAAGAAAAUUCCUGGGAGGGAAAAAAUAACCAAAUCCCAAGCUUUAACUACAGCUGUGAAACCAAAUAUUGGGAAAGGGGGGAGGGAGGGAGGGAGGGAGGGGCAGGUGAGCCCCAGGUCUUCCCCCCUGGGCCCCCCUCCCCCGAGGACUCGAGAUAAGGCACCAAAUACCUCAUAGAACUUUAAUGUUUAAAAAAAAAAAAAGGAAACCAAAUAUCGUUGGCUGGGGGCCAGCCAGGGCAAGGGGCCGGGGGACUGGAGGGAGCCACGGUUGGGAAGGUGACGGAGGACCUUGUGCCCUCCACCCCCAUCUGCCCCUUCCGCUCCAGCCCCUCCCGUCUCGACUCCGGGAAACAAAACUAUCUCAUCUUUUUUUUUUUUUUUUUUUUUUUUUGUGGUCUGUACAGAGCCUGUGUCCGUGUGUCUGUGUGUGAGCGAGAGUUGGAGAGCUGGCAGCUUGAUGUGGGGGUGGGGAGGGGGAGCCCUGGUCAGGCUCUGGGCUAGAUCAGAUAUGUGAGCUCUGGGGCCUGGGCUAGAGAGGAGAGAUGGACUGGAGCAAGAGGGUGUCCCCUGAAAUUCUCUUCUCCCCAAUCCUGACCUACUUAAGCAAGUAGAGGGGGACAGAGAUGGGUCUACCCUAAUGGUGGGCCUUUCAAUUGUGCCAAAAAAGAGAAAAUGAUGCCAGUAACUAAACCACGUCUCUGUUCUCUUGUUGGGUGGGUGGGUGGGUGGGCGCA